GUGACAUGGCAGAGGUCAAACAGGAUACUUUUGGUAAUUGUCCAGGACCUAAUUAGUGUCAUUUCAGAGGUCAGGAUGGCUGUAAAUACCGCCCAGGAUCCUUGGAAAGUGUCACCGGGCACUUUCUGAUGGUUGUACGUACAGUGAGGAGAUGUAUCAAAGUUCCUGAAAGGCUCGUCGUGAUCUUUAGCCUCGCCCCUGGCAGCUGAUGAUCAGGAAUCAGGGCAUUAUGGUCACUUUCAUUGCAAUGGUGUGGCUUCUGAUCUGGUCUCCCAGGUCAGGGUCAGCUACUGUAAUUCCAUAGGAAGGAGGUGACUUUGGAAAGUUGGUUUUUUUUUUGUUUUUUUGAUUUUUCCAGACAGGGUUUCUCUGUGUAACAGCCCUGGCUGUCCUGGAACUCACUCUGUAGAGCAGGCUGGCCUCAAACUCCCAGAGAUCUGCCUGUCUCUGCCUCCUGAGUGUUGGGCUCAAAGGCGUGCGCCACCACUGCCCAGCUUGCUUUGGAGAAUGGAAUGCCUGGAAGUACAACUAGAGCGAGCAGAUACGUACCCUGGGCCGUUCUGAGCCCAGCCCGGGCAUCUCGGGUGGAGGCAGGAACAAGGUCAGGAAGCUACGAGGAGGAAUACAUUGUCAGAAUGCUUCAGGGAGAUAGCGGAGGGGGCAGUUUUAAGUCCCGGUUCUGAAAUGAUACAGCUCCUGAGCCUCCACCGAACUGACGUGGGCUAGUUUUCUUUGCUGGGAGAGAGAGCCACCAUCUCUUUGUUCCCACCCACAUUAGUGGCUGUUGCAGAAGAUAAACCCCUCCCUCAGCCAGGGUUGUGGCCAGAGGUUAACCCAGACCCAAACUACGUUGAGAGGACAGAUAACUGAAACCACAGGCGGCUUUGGAAUCCUGAGAAACAAGAAAUCCAACGGAGAAGAAUUUAUUAUCUAUUUCCUUUGGGGAGGGUGUAAAGUCGUUCUAACAGUUUCCGUUACAUGGGUACCAACUGGCCGCUCCUCCCCAACAGACGGUUUUGUUGAAUUAGCUUCCUUUUUUUCUGCUUUUGGCGCCACUUCCUACGACAGAAACUGCUUGAGGGAGGAGUCCUCGGGGGUGUUCUCUGAGGUUUCCUUCCUCGUUCUCUGCAGCCACCCGAGGUGGGGCUGAGAACUGAAGCUGGGCAGAGGUCCUCCAUAGCCAGAGGAAGGGAAAGUCAGGGGGGAUCCCCCACUUUCUUUGCGCCCAGGCGCUGGGUAUCGCUGCUUGCCACAAAAAAACCCACAAGGGGUGUCUCUGGCCUAUUCAUACUGUGUAAUGUGUGCCAGGUCCUGUGCUGAGCUGGUGUGGCGGGACAGGAGAGAACAUGCGGCUCCCGCUGCGCUGGUCAGGCCUGGGGUAGCACCCGGUCCAGCCUUGGCCCACAGCGGGAUGGGACUGGGGCGCGAGAGCUGCUGAGAGCGCGACGCCGCGCACACGCUGACGGCGAGCGAGAGGCAGACUCCUCAGGUGUCACCACGCCGGGAAGGGGCGACGCACACCCUCGGGCCCCCGCCCCAGCCGGGGUCAACAUGGCCGCCGAGCAGGGAGGCGGGGCGCUCCGAGUCCGGGCAGGAGCUGGGCGGGGCCGCCGUCGGCGGAGCCAGCGCGCAGGCGCAGGACACCCGGGACCCGGAUGGAGGUGCUGAGGUUGGAGCUCGGCGGGGGUGGUCUGGACGCGCGGGCACGGAGGACCCGACGCCAGCUCUGGAGCUCUGGAGUUCUCCAGGGAGGGAAGCUGUCAAACGGAGGCCGAGAGAAAUUAGGCGGAGGCUGUAGAGCCGCGAGGAGCCCCGCCCCUCCGCCAUAGCGGCCCCCGGCGCCGCCUCUUCCUUUGCGGCCUCCGGCCCUCGUCUGCUUCCGGCCCCGUUGCCCGGCCCGGCCCUGCAGUUCCCUCGGGACGAAGUCCUGGGCCGUGGCUGCCUUGGGUUGAGGAGUUUAGAAGCCUGAGGAAGCUCAGAUGUGGCGAGAGGAUGUUGCCCCUGGACCCAUCCCAGAAAGAGGUGCUGAGAUUUGCAGUCAGCUGUCGCAUCCUGACCCUAACGCUACAGGCACUCUUCAAUGUCAUCAUCCCAGAUCACCACGCUGAUGCCUUUUCUCCUCCCCGCCUGGCCCCCUCGGGCUCUGUGGAUCAGCUUGUGGAAGGUCUCCUGGGUGGUCUAUCUCGAUGGGAUGCAGAACACUUCCUGUUUAUUGCUGAGCACGGCUACCUUUAUGAACACAACUUUGCCUUCUUCCCUGGUUUCCCCUUGGCCCUGCUGAUGGGAACUGAACUGCUGCGACCUUUGCAGGGCUUCUUGAGCCAGCGCAGUUGCCUGCUGCUCUCAGUAGCACUUCUUAACUUCCUAUUCUCUGUGCUGGCUGCACUCACACUUCAUGAUUUGGGUUGUCUGGUUUUGCACUGUCCUCGCCAGGCCUUUUAUGCAGCCAUGCUCUUCUGCCUCAGCCCCGCCAAUGUUUUCUUAGCAGCUGGUUACUCAGAAGCUUUGUUUGCCUUCCUGACUUUCAGCGCCAUGGGGCAGCUGGAGAGGGGCCGGAGCUGGGCAAGUGGGCUGCUCUUUGCUCUUGCCACUGGGGUGCGCUCCAAUGGGUUGGUCAGUGUUGGCUUCCUCCUGCAUUCUCAGUGCAGAGGCUUUUUCUCUUCUCUUGUGGUGCUGAACCCGCUGAAACAGCUCGUCAAGCUGAUGGCCUCUCUCUGCCUGUCCACACUCACUGUCAGCCUUCCCUUUGCUCUCUUUCAGUAUUAUGCUUAUACCCAGUUCUGCCUGCCAGGCUCUGCCCACUCCAUUCCUGAGCCUCUGGUACAGUUAGCUGUGGACAAAGGCUACCGGAUUACAGGAGAAAAUGAGCCCCCAUGGUGCUCCUGGGAGCUUCCCCUAAUAUACAGCUAUAUCCAGGAUGUCUACUGGAAUGUUGGCCUUCUGCGAUACUAUGAGUUCAGGCAGGUGCCCAAUUUUCUACUAGCUGCACCAGUAACUGUACUGGUUGUGUGGGCAACCUGGACAUAUGUGACCACCCACCCUCGGCUCUGCCUUACACUUGGGCUACAAAGAUGCAAGGAUAGUAAGACCCUAGAGAAGUCCCAUCCUGGCUUCCUCAGUCCAAAGGUGUUUGUGUACCUGGUCCACGCUGCAGUGCUGCUGCUUUUUGGAGGGCUAUGCAUGCAUGUUCAGGUUCUCACACGAUUUUUGGGCUCUUCCACUCCUAUUGUGUACUGGUUUCCAGCUCACUUGCUUCAGAAUCAAGAGCCACUGUUGAGAUCUGUGGACACAGUACCUGAGGAAAACGCCCCACCAGGAAUAAAGGCCCCCAGAAACUGUAUCCUGAAACUCUUGUACAACUGGAAGGCUUGUUCUCCAGUCACAAGAUGCAUCCUAGGCUAUUUCCUGACUUACUGGCUCCUGGGACUACUCCUCCAUUGCAACUUCCUGCCUUGGACUUGACCUGGAGUCUCGAGGGACAAGCUGGAAGCUUCCAAACACACUGGCUGGACUGCCUGCACACCCUAGCGCAUGUCCAUUAGGAUCUACCCUGGCCAGAAUGGAGAAUGUGAGCACAGCAGCCAGCCCCUUCUUGUCCAGGGUGGAACAAGUUUAGAGAAGGAACAUUUUCUCUGCUGAGUGGAGCCGCCUCGAAUCUCCCAGGUCAACAGUAUCAAAUAAUCUUAACCUCCUACUGACCCAUGUGGAAGGUUUUUGUUAUUGUUUUUUGGGACAGGGUUUCUCUGUAGACCUAGCUGUCCAGGAACUUGCACCAGGCUGGCCUCUAACUCUACCUACAUCUGGCUGCCUGUGUGUAAAUUUAAAUGUUUGAUCAAAGCUCUAGGCAACAGCGUGGUCCCCCCAAGAUGGUGGGGACAGUACAGCAAAGGAAAAAGGAACCACCUGCUCUAAGUGAGACCUUUCUGAUGUUUUCUUUAUGAUGUGUGCAUUUAUGUAAAAAAUCCUACUCACUAUGAAAAUUUAAAAACUUGUA